GCUCGUCUGCGCAUGUGCGGGACGGGAUGCGGAAAUGUGGCUGUCUUCGAGCUGACUGUGUCGGCGUUGGUGUUCACCGCCUUCCUUCGUAGACUACGACCUUCGCCGCCGUCUCCAUCCUCCAGCAGCUUUAACGCUCUUCAUGUGGUCCUCCGGGAGACGACAAAUACUUUCUUAGCGACAAAGUUUGGAACCUGCUCGCCCACGGCUGUGCAUCAUGUGGAGGAAGGCCUCAGUUGCGGCCCUCCUGGCGCUGGCGGUCGGAUACCUCUACCACGGCGGCCCGGUGUUGCCCGAGCAGCUUCUCCAGUACAUCAGCCUGCCCGGCUUCCAAUCGUCCCAGCAGAGCCAGCGGCACGUGGAGCGGGUCAUUUCUGACGCCUGGGACUCGCUGAUCACGUUGCCCGUGCGGCAGUGGAGCCGAGUGGCCGUCGGUGUCAACGCCUGCGUGGACGUGGUGGUGUCGGGUGUGGGUCUGCUGCAGGCGCUGGCGGUGGACCCCGGCAACGGCCUGGAUCAUGAAGUCCUGCACUCGAAAGAGGACCUGAAGGAAGCUUUCAUCCAUUAUAUGGAGCGCGGGGCGGCCGCUGAGCGUUUCUUCAGCGACAAGGUGGCGUUCCAGAGGAUUGCCAGAGCAGCUGCCGAAUAUCCCACUGCCAAGCUGUAUGUAGGAGGGAACGCCGCCCUCAUCGGGCAGAAACUUGCAACCUAUCCUGACCUCAUGGUUUUGUUAUGUGGACCAGUUGGACCCAAACUUCACGAGAUGCUGGAUGAGCAGAUUGUUGUUCCACCGGGUUCGCUCCAGGAGACGGAUGAAUAUCAUCUUAUCCUGGAAUACAAAGCAGGUGAGCAGUGGGGUUCAACUCGGGCGCCUCAAGCUAACCGCUUCAUCUUCUCGCACGACGUGUCCAACGGCGAGAUGAGCUCGCUGGAGACGUUCGUGACGAGCCUGGAAGAGUUCCAGCCUGAUUUGGUGGUCCUGUCCGGGCUCCACAUGAUGGAGGGUCAGGGCAGGCAGAUGUGGGAGGAGCGUCUCAAAGAGGCAGUGGCAGCCAUAUCAGACAUUCGUAAAGACAUUCCCAUUCAUUUGGAGCUGGCCAGCAUGACGGACAAAGACUACAUGAACAGCAUCAUGCAGGAGCAGUUCAUGCCCAUUGUCAGCUCCAUCGGGCUGAACGAACAGGAACUGCUGUUCCUGUCGCAGGCCGGUGGCGGGCCACACGCUCACUUCAGCACCUGGAAGGGCGUCCCCGACGUGGGCCAGGUCAGCGACAUCCUCCUAUGGAUUCUGGAGCGCCACGGCCGCAGCGACCCCUCAUCAGAGGCCGACCUGACCCGCGUCCACUUCCACACCCUAGCCUACCACGUGCUGGCUACGGUGGACGGCUACUGGGGCAACCAGGCGUCGGCGGUGAUGGCAGGGGCUAGGGUGGCCAGCAGUCAGGCGUGCGGCGUGCAAGCGGUGGACGUCAGCAAGGUGGAGCUGAAGGCUCCGCUCCAUUUUUACAGUUCACACUCGGAGCCCCGGGAGUCGCUGUCACUCGACCCUGCGGCCCCUGUGGCGGUGUGGCGUCGGGGAAACGUCACCUUCCACCUGACGCCGGUGCUGGUCUGCAAGCUGCCGCUUCGGACAGUGGGACUCGGCGACGCCAUCUCAGCGGAGGGACUUGUUUACUCAGAGUUAACGAGCCAGCAGCACUUCUGAUGCUGCCUGCAGUCGGACCAUCCAGGUGAUGGGCUGAAGGUGAGCCUGCUUCUGCGUCUUCCUCUACGCUUUCAAAUCCUGCCUGUGAACACGUCCUGCCUCCCUCUGUCGUCUGCCGGGUCUGCCUGGGCUGACACGGACUGUGGGCGAUAGUGGGACAUCUUUGAAGUGGCUCACCAAUUUUAUCUGGGUAUGUGUGCCUUCACAGAGGUCAAUAUCUUCACCAAACGAAGGCAAACCUUGUCCACACGAACACACCUAUUGAAAAUAUUUUCCAUUAUUUCACAUUACCGCCGUCAAAUUCGAAGCAUUUAUCUUCACUUAAAUAAAAAAAUUCAGAAAAACAAACUAGCAAAAAAAAAAAAUUUCUAAAUAGGUGCAUCUACCAAAGUGAAACAAUGUACAGUGGAACUUCGAUUUACAAAGUUAAUUGUUUUUUUGACAGGGUUCGCUAGUAGAAAGGUUUGUAUAGUGAAGCAAAUUUCUUCAUAAGAAACAUUGUGAAUAUAAAUAAUGGGUUCCAUCCUUGAUAAAAGUCAAUUUUUUAGCUACGGUUUGAACACUAUAUAAAGUGCUAUGCAGUAUUGUAUAUCAAAAAAAACUUAAUAAGGGGGUGAUGCAUUAACUCUUUAUUAACAAGCCAAACCAACAACAACAUACCGCUGCUCUGCCAAUAAGCGCACAUCCACAGAAGACCCUUUGAAGCCCUCACAAACGAUCAGAAAUCACAAAAAUCCUUAACUUUAUACAACCAUAUUGCUACAAUAAUCAACAUUUCAAAAAGUAAAAUCCACUUACAUUAAAAGGAAACUGCCCUUUUAUUUGAUUUUGUCUACAGUUUACAAUAUUUGUGUAAGGGAAGAACAAAUGGGGUUUUUUUCACUGCCAACAAACAUAAUAAAACAUAACUCUCUGUACAAUGUCUGUUGUCAUUAGCAUGUUGAUUGCUAUGAAGUUCAUAUAUUCCCAUUUAUAUAAAGAAUGAGUCAAUCUUCGCUAAGAAAAAUGGGGUGAAACGAAGCCUUUUUUCGUGUCUUUCUUACCAAUUCUGGAUUUAAAUUGGAUGCCAAAGUGUACCAACUUGUCAGAUUUUGUCCUCAUGCUUCUACUAUCCAGGUAAGAGGCAUUAUUUAUGAUUUGGAUUAAACUUUGGAGCUUUGAUGCUUAAAAGCAGUUCACCGCAGCCACUGAUGUCAGUGCAGCCACCACCACGUGUUAGCUCCCGCUGAUCACAGCGCCGCUAUAAAUAGUUUGUCUGUGUAGGACUUAUAAUAACAAUAUCGCAAAUAUUUGGUUAAUAUUCAAGUCAUAAAAUGUAAAUGAAGUAUUGGCAGUUUUUGGAUGUUUUUUUGAGAGAUUUAUGGGCAGAAUAGAGGACAUCCCAUUGACUGUAUUUACGAGUUAGAAUUCAUAAAAAAUACAUCUGUCAUCAUGUCUUUCAUAACGAUUGGAAACGAUAGGCAAGAUAAAAAAAAGUGAAGUUCCCCUUUAACAUUGAAGGAGGAUCUGAUGAGAAAAAGCAGACAGGGAGGGUGGUGCGUGUGUGCGUGAAGAAGCGCCGCUGAACAACAGGUAGUGUCUUCUCCACUGUAAAAUGAGUCUGUUUUGCCAUCUCUGGUCUCAUCAUAAUUAAAAAAUGCCUGCUUUGUUGAAUUUUCCAUACUAGUGAAUGCCAAUAAUGUACUCUUUGCAAAUAGUCUUUUUUUUAACACCAGAGCGAUUCUGUCUUUUUUUUUACCGGCCAAACUAUAAAAAAAAAAAAAAAUUGUUUUUUUUGUUUUGUUUGUUUUUUUUUGUUUGGCCGGGUCUCACCCCCCGCUGGACCGUGGAGAAGACUGCGACUUAUAGUCCGAAAAAUACGGUAACUAGUAAUGUACUAUGCAGCAAGUGAUGCCCUCACAAAAAUCCUGCACCCUGCUUUUUGCCUGCAGGCAGGACACAAAAUUAAUUAAGCGUUUGUACAUAAACUUGUUUGCAUAUUCGGCACAAUCGAAAAGUUUGCAAAUAGAGGGGUUUGUAAAUCAAGGUUUCACUGUACUUAAAUAAAAUGUGGCCAACAUAAAACCAUAAUUAACUGUACACAAAGUGUUUAAGUCAUAGUAAGGCAUUUUUGAACAGCAUGCGAGUCAAAAUAUGUUAGACAUAAAUGUCUCACUUUUUAACAUUGUCUCACAAGGUUACAAAUACAUCAACAACUGUUCACUCAAGUGUAAAAAGAAGCUAAGUUGACCAAUGUGUGUUACAACUGAAAGGAAUGAUAACUCACCUUUGAUGGUUGAUUUCUAGGACUGGCAGGCAGACCUGGUACUAUGUUGUAUCAUCUUCAUCUUUUUGGUAUGGUCUGGAUUAAGAGUUACGGUGGAUUUUUGAGGGACAUUCCUUGUUCUCCAAAUUGUGCAAUUUUGGGGCGUUUGACAUCUAAGGUUCCACGGCACCUGUUUUUAAAUUGAACAUUGGUUAUUUUCAGGAUUGUCAGUCCUCCUGUACUCUUCUUUUCCUCGGAUAUUAUUGCUGUGUUUCCAUUCAACUACACCACCUGCUGCUUUGGCAUGCACAUGACGGAGAAAAUAUUUGUUAAUAUCUGUGUACGCGUGGACAUUGCCUGAAAAUACUCACAUUUAAAUGGACUAAACAUUAUUUCAUCUUGUUCAACAUCUUUUGUUUCUCUUUUUUGUUGACUUUGUGUACCCAAAAAUGAUUGCAGGACUUUCUCAGACUUAACUUGUUGUUAUGAAGACACAUGUGACAUUUUUUAAUUCCGCAUAGAAGCGAAUUGUUCCUAUUCUUAUGGGAGUUAAUUUGUUACAUUGUCAUGAAAGCAUUUUUUGACAGUUUAUGCAACUGAAUUUUUUGCAUCUGAAUUUUGUGAACUUAUUUUUUUUACAUCAAAUUAUGAGAAUUUCAUUAAAAAAAAUGUUUAUGUCAUAACUUUCAUACCUUUAUUCAGCGGAAGUAGGUCUUGAGUUUUGACUCAACAAAUAUUUUUGCAACAAACUUUUUAACAGUGAAUUUUAUACACUAUAUUUUAAAACACGUUAUUUUAACAAACUUAAUUUUCAAACACACAGAUGUUUAUGUCAUGAAGUUGUCAGCAUAAUUUGAUUGAAUUCGUGAGCAAGGUUUGUGUGUUUUAAAAAUUAUGUUUAAGAGAAUUCAGUGCACAAAUAUGUGUUGCUUUUAAACUCGAGACUGGUAAACUGAUAAAUUGAAAUAAAAAAAAUAUUAAAUGAAAAUCUAAUUAAAUUGUGUUCACAAAAUUCAAAUUGUUGCAUAAUUUCAGUGUCAACAAAGCUUUUGUAGUAAGUACACAAAUUAACCUCCGUAUACUCUCAUGUUGCAAAGCACAAAGUGUCAUUGUUGUAGGUUUUUUGUUUUGUUUUUGUUUUUUACCAUUUUUGUUUGAUUAUAACUUUAACAUGUGAACCUGGACACUGUUAUUGUGGAUGGAGUCUUUAUGCACGCAAAUGAUGUAUCUAUCCAUCUAUCAGCAGACACCACAUCGCAAACAUGAAGUUUAGACAGAAAUUAGUUAGUUUUUUACAUAAUCUUAUACUCAAGCAAUUCACUGGAGAAUCCCCAACCCCUGUGUCCAAUUUGAACUUCAGCAAAAGCAUCUUCCCUGAUUUAUAUGCUAUAUUAUGUUUGUUUGUUUUUUUACAUUUUUUGCUCAAACUAUGGAAGACUAGAAUAAUGUACAUUUGUGACUGUCCCGUGUGUGUCUCUCCCCAAUACCUCAAAGCAUUUCAUGGAUCAGUCUUAAUGCAAAAUGUGACAGGGGUUUUUCACCUUAGAUUGUUUGCACUACAGUAGGUGUAAAAGAGAACGUAACCCCACCCCCUCCUAGCAAGUACAAUCUAGUCAAAUAACUAUAUAAUUGUGGAUGACCAAAGUUCUCAACAUUUGUCAUUUACUUGUAUUUUUUCAUUAAAAUGUAUAUCUACCAA